AUGUUAACGUGGCUUUGUAUCUCCAGUGUCAGCCACAUUACCAAGGUUAAGAUGUUAACGUGGCUUUGUAUCUCCAGUGUCAGCCACAUUACCAAGGUUAAGAUGUUAACGUGGCUUUGUAUCUCCAGUGGCAGCCACAUUACCAAGGUUAAGAUGUUAACGUGGCUUUGUAUCUCCAGUGGCAGCCACAUUACCAAGGUUAAGAUGUUAACGUGGCUUUGUAUCUCCAGUGUCAGCCACAUUACCAAGGUUAAGAUGUUAACGUGGCUUUGUAUCUCCAGUGUCAGCCACAUUACCAAGGUUAAGAUGUUAACGUGGCUUUGUAUCUCCAGUGGCAGCCACAUUACCAAGGUUAAGAUGUUAACGUGGCUUUGUAUCUCCAGUGGCAGCCACAUUACCAAGGUUAAGAUGUUAACGUGGCUUUGUAUCUCCAGUGGCAGCCACAUUACCAAGGUUAAGAUGUUAACGUGGCUUUGUAUCUCCAGUGGCAGCCACAUUACCAAGGUUAAGAUGUUAACGUGGCUUUGUAUCUCCAGUGUCAGCCACAUUAUCAAGGUUAAGAUGUUAACGUGGCUUUGUAUCUCCAGUGUCAGCCACAUUAUCAAGGUUAAGAUGUUAACGUGGCUUUGUAUCUCCAGUGUCAGCCACAUUAUCAAGGUUAAGAUGUUAACGUGGCUUUGUAUCUCCAGUGUCAGCCACAUUAUCAAGGUUAAGAUGUUAACGUGGCUUUGUAUCUCCAGUGUCAGCCACAUUAUCAAGGUUAAGAUGUUAACGUGGCUUUGUAUCUCCAGUGUCAGCCACAUUAUCAGGGUUAAGAUGUUAACGUGGCCUUUUUAUCUCCAGUGGCAGCAACAUACCAAGGUUAAGAUGUUAACGUGGCUUUUGCUUCUCCAGUGGUCAGCCACAUUAGCCAAGGUUAAUAUGUUAACGGCCUUUGUAUCUCCAGUGUCAGCCACAUUACCAAGGUUAAAUUUAACGUGCAUUGUAACUCCAGAUCAGCCACAUUACCCAAAGUUAAGAUGUUAA